AUGGAUAACCUCACAUUUAUAUGGCCCAGUACCAAGGCCCAGUACUGGGCAGCACAGGUGUACCAAGGCCCAGUACUGGGCAGCACAGGUGUACCAAGGCCCAGUACUGGGUACCACGGAUGUACCAAGGCCCAGUACUGGGUACCACAGUUGUACCAAGGCCCAGUACUGGGUACCACAGGUGUACCAAGGCCCAGUACUGGGUACCACGGAUGUACCAAGGCCCAGUACUGGGUACCACAGGUGUACCAAGGCCCAGUACUGGGCACCACGGAUGUACCAAGGCCCAGUAACGGGUACCACAGGUGUACCAUGGCCCGGUACUGGGCAGGCACCAUGGUCCCUGGAGGCCAGGCACCAACGCCACAAGUAACGCACAUCCCAAUCCUCCGUCUCCCGUGGAAGCUCAGCCCCGCACCGGGCAGGGUCACCGGGCAGGGUCACCGGGCAGGGUCACCGGGCAGGGUCACCGGGCAGGGUCACCGGGCAGGGUCACCGGGCUGGGUCACCGGGCAGGGUCACCGGGCAGGGUCACCGGGCAGGGUCACCGGGCAGGGUCACCGGGCAGGGUCACCGGGCAGGGUCACCGGGCAGGGUCACCGGGCAGGGUCACCGGGCAGGGUCACCGGGCAGGGUCACCGGGCAGGGUCACCGGGCAGGGUCACCGGGCAGGGUCACCGGGCUGGGGUCACCGGGCAGGGUAACCAGGCUGAGGUCACCGGGCAGGUUCACCGGGCAGGGUCACCGGGCAGGGUCACCAGGCAGGGUCACCGGGCAGGGUCACCGGGCAGGGGUCACCCAGGGUCACCGGGCAGGGUCACCUGGCACCAGGCUCACCGGGCAGGUCACCAGGCAGGUCACCGGGCAGGGUCACCGGGCACCGGGCAGAGGUCACCGGGCUGGUCACCGGGCAGCAGGUCAGGUCCCGGGCAGGGUCACCGGGCAGGUCACCAGGCCUGGGUCACCGGGCAGGGUCACCGGGCAGGGUCACCGGCAGGGUCACCAGGCUGGGUCACCGGGCAGGGUCACCAGGCAGGGUCACCGGGCAGGGUCACCAGGCAGAGGUCACCGGGCAGGGUCACCGGGCAGGGUCACCGGGCAGGGUCACCAGGCAGGGUCACCGGGCAGGAUCACCGGGCAGGGUCACCGGGCAAGGUCACCAGGCAGGGUCACCGGGCAGGGUCACCGGGCAGGGUCACCGGGCAGGGUCACCGGGCAGGGUCACCGGGCAGGGUCACCGGGCAGGGUCACCGGGCAGGGUCACCGGGCAGGGUCACCGGGCAGGGUCACCGGCAGGGUCACCGGGCAGGGUCACCGGGCAGGGUCACCGGGCAGGGUCACCGGGCAGGGUCACCGGGCAGGGUCACCGGGCAGGGUCACCGGGCAGGGUCACCGGGCAGGGUCACCGGGCAGGGUCACCGGGGGUCACCGGCAGGGUCACCGGGCAGGGUCACCGGGUCAGGGUCACCGGGCAGGGUCACCGGGCAGGGUCACCGGGCAGGGUCACCGGGCAGGGUCACCGGGCAGGGUCACCGGGCAGGGGCACCGGGCAGGGUCACCGAGCAGGGUCACCGAGCAGGGUCACCGGGCAGGGUCACCGGGCAGGGUCACCAGGCAGGGUCACCGGGCAGGGUCACCGGGCAGGGUCACCGGGCAGGGUCACCGGGCAGGGUCACCGGCAGGGUCACCGGGCAGGGUCACCGGGCAGGGUCACCGGGCAGGGUCACGGGCGGGGUCACCGGGCAGGGUCACCGGGCAGGGUCACCGGGCAGGGUCACCGGGCAGGGUCACCAGGGCAGGGUCACCAGGGCAGGGUCACCGGGCAGGGUCACCGGGCUGAGGUCACCAGGCUGA